AUGUUACGUUUAAUAAAAUCAUUAAACUCCGUUGAAACCGUAAAAUUCAUUUUAAGUAGUGUACCCCAAAAGCGCUAUAAUUCUAACAUACCAACACCUCAAUCUAUGCCGGGCAUAAAAUACACUGGCAUUUUUAUAAAUAAUGAAUGGCACGAAAGUAAAUCGGGACAAAAAUUUCGAACCAUUAACCCAGCAGAAGGAACCUGCAUUGCCGAAAUAGAACGUUCCGGUGCGGAAGACGUAGAUCUUGCUGUUGAAGCUGCUAAAUGUGCCUUUCGAUUCGGCUCUCCUUGGCGUCGUCUAGAUGCUUCAAGGCGUGGAGCUUUAUUAAAUCGUUUAGCCAAUCUCAUGGAACGCGACCGUGUAUACUUGGCGAGUCUGGAAACCUUCGACAAUGGCAAACCGUAUUCAAUGUCAUAUACCGUUGAUUUGCCAAUGUCCAUAAGAUGUUUACGAUAUUUCGCUGGCUGGGCUGACAAAAAUCAUGGCAAAACCAUACCUAUGGACGGUAAAUUCUUUGCCUAUACACGCUAUGAGCCCGUGGGUGUAUGUGCUCAAAUCAUACCAUGGAAUUUUCCUUUAGUGAUGGCAAGUUGGAAAUUAGGCCCAGCUUUAGCUACUGGCAAUACCGUGGUCUUAAAACCAUCCGAACAAACCUGUUUGAGUGCCUUAUAUCUAGCUCAUUUAAUUGAGGAGGCAGGUUUUCCAAGCGGUGUUGUAAAUGUCUUGCCUGGUUUCGGAGAUGUUGGUGAGGCACUGGUCAAUCAUUGUGAUGUACAAAAAGUUGCUUUUACCGGCUCUACGGAAGUAGGUAAGCUAAUUCAACAGUCGUCGGGUAAUGCAAAUUUAAAACGUGUAACUCUGGAAUUGGGCGGCAAAAAUUCAAUGAUUGUCUUCGCCGAUGCUGAUAUGGAUUAUGCUGUAGAGACUGCGCAUAAUGGGUCAUUUUUCAAUAUGGGUCAGAAUUGUUGUGCGGCCUCGCGUAUUUUUGUUGAAGAGAAAAUGUAUGAUGAAUUUGUUGAUCGCAGUGUUGAAAGAGCAACGAAACGCCUUCUUGGUGAUCCAUUCGAUUUAAAAGUUGAACAGGGUCCACAAAUAGAUGAGAAGCAAAUGAAAAAAAUAUUGGAUUUAAUCGAUAGCGGUAAAAAGGAUGGCGCUAAGUUGUUGACAGGCGGUGCACGACAGGAAGGAAUGCCUGGAUAUUUUGUGCAACCAACUGUUUUCGCCGACGUCAAAGACGAUAUGAAAAUUUCGCGCGAAGAAAUCUUUGGUCCUGUUCAGCAAAUAAUGUGUUUCAAAAAGUUGAACGAAGUUAUAACAAGAGCCAACGAUACCCAUUACGGUCUAGCUGCAGGCGUCUUUACAAAAGAUAUUGACAAAGUCAAUUAUAUUGUACAGGCUCUUCAGGCCGGCAUCGUAUGGGUAAAUACAUAUAACAAUUUCGCUUCGCAAGUUCCCUUCGGUGGCUUUAAAAUGUCCGGUUACGGACGAGAAAAUGGCGAAGAAGCUUUACGUAAUUACACAGAAAUUAAAAGCGUUAUAGUUAACCUUAAUCAAAAAAACUCUUAAACUA